AUGGAGGAGGAGAAGCACAAGUUCAUCAUCCCGAUCCACGAACGGCGUCAACCCGGGACCGUGACCGUCGACCCGAAUUCCGUACCGUCUCAGCCGCAACACCAACCAUCAACACCGCUACCAAGCCAUGAGGCUCAAUCGCCCAUAGAUUCCUCCCCCAGAAUACAGCAGAUCGAGUCCUUCACAUCCUACCCGCCGGGCGCCCACCUCCGAGGGGACGACAUACCCGACGCCUCGCCGCCCUACCCAGAGUCGAGAAUCAGCUCCGAGGCGCCCGUUGUCACUCCGGCGCCGGUGCCCGUACGGGGACAAAGCCACCACCACCACCGCGUCCCUGCGCCGGCUCUGGCGCCAACCGACCCCGAACGGCAACAGAGCGGCACCUUGGCGGCAUGGAGGCAGAGGUUUGAGGGUAUCGGCGGGAGGGGAUCACAGCAGCACCCGAGAAAGACAAUCUUGGGCCUGACCGUGCUACGCUUCUGGGCCGCAGUCGCACUGGGAGUCAUUAUCGUCGGCGUCGCCAUCGCCGUGGGUCUGGCGUUGGGUUUGGCUAACCGCCCCUCCGACGACGAAAACGAACCAAAAGCCGUAAUCCAACAGCUCGGCGUCCCUUCGCCCGCCCCGAUCAACCCGUACUGCCCGCUAGCUACUGCAGGCGUGAACACGACGGUAACCCCCUACGACGCCUCCGGCUCACCCAUCCGCUUCAACAACGACGAGGUCAUGUCCUUUGACGUCCUCUGCAACACAUACUACCCGAUGCGCCAGGGGAUCAACCCGUACCUCCGCGACAUCCUCGUCAUGACCGUCCCGGACAUGCUCACCUGCAUGACGCUCUGCGCUCAGUAUAAUCAGGGCUACAGCGACGCCGUCGGCGACGACGUGUUCCUUGACGGCGGCGGCAUCUGCGUUGGCGUCGCACUCGUCAAGGGUACGGCGCAGUUCUGUCACUUACAGAACGCCACAGGGAUCAACCAGACCACCGCGUCUGGCGGAUUCGAUGUCGAUAGCGCCGUACUUUCGGGCGAGUGGGCCAGCCUGACGAGCGUGGAGCAGAUUCGGACGUUUGGCGGGAAUAUUGACGAUGUCAUUGGCGCCAACGCGACUACGACUACGACUGCGGCCGCGACGGCCACGACCGGUUGA